AUGGGUGUUGACCCCCUGUCUCCGGUUGCGCCGGUACGCCUCAGGGCACUCCUCCUUCCGAUAGGGAGAAUCAAGCGCUCGCGAUUCCUGAGCUUCGCCGCCAGGCUCCAGGCCGAAAAUGUGGUCCGAUUAGGGGACAUUAGCCCGGAUGCACGGCCAAAUCGAAACAUGUUCUCGCCGCUCGCGUUCCCUACCGGGCUGAUCCUAUACGACCUUUCGUACUCGGUUCCUCCGACUUCGCACCUUGAGCUAUUCCCGUUUGAACUUUUUCGAGAACCAUUGGUGAUUAUCACAAUAGCGGAUGGAACCGAGCUCGCUUCAAGGUCGACUGGCGAAGACAAAGACAAGCACCCGACACCCGACGGCCUGGAUUCAUUGCUGGAAGCGCUAGAGGUCGUCAAGGAGAGGAAUCCGCGCGCGUUGGUCCAUCAACUGCUGGUGUUCGAUCAUGAAGGCGUAGAAAAACUCACAAACGGCCCGGAUAAUGUCCUCUGGGUCCCGCGACCACAGGCAUCCAAAGCCACCACGAUUAAGACGGUGCUUUGUGAUAUCACCUCAGUCUUGCUCUCUGAGCUGGAUGAAUUUGCGAAGACGAUCCAAACCAUCCCAUCCAUUGAGUCUCCCAAAUCUUCUUCCUGGGGUCCACACAGGAAUCCAGAACAACGGCCGCGAGCAGUGGAUCGGCUGCUUCAUCGGAUGACCUCACCUGCGCAAAUGCCUACCGAUCCUAGUGCUGCACCCGAGACUCCAUUGAGUUCGAAUGCCAGUUCUCCGGUCCCGAGUGAUCAUGAAACGCCCAUAACUUUUGACGAAAUCCAUCGAUCCAUUAAUCUCUCUAGUCGUACGAAUUCUCUCAGCAGAACUCCAUCUGUGCAUUCGCCUAAGGAGCACAGCCGGGACCGCAUGUCGGUCAGCGGCGUAAGUGCAACUGACAGAACCAAGAACCGUAUCAAGGGCCGUGCCGGUGUUGUCGUUGGGUCUCUUUUCCUGCUGGCAGGAAGGUGGCCAGAUGCCCUCAAGGAGCUGGUUGAAGCGGCAAACAACGCUAGGGCUAGCAGCGAUUAUGUGUGGCAUGGCAAAGCUCUCGAGACGAUUCUUCUUACCUUGUUGAUGUUCGGUUGGGCCGGGAUGGACUUUCAGAUUCCAUCUAUCCUCUAUCCAACGGCCGAGAAAACUUCCAAAUCGCAUCGAGAUUCUAUUCCACCGCCGGGGGCUGGUAACCGUGCCGUGUCUCUUCAAAAUCUGGCCAACCUGCUCCCAGACCUCACAAACACCAUCUUGAAUCUUUACAACCGUGCUGCCAAUAUUACAGAGGAGCCUCUCCCCCAACUCGUGUUCUCCGAGACAGUCAUCCGCUUAGCAAGGCUAUUGGUGGCGUGCCGCAUUCGUGAUGGGAUUCUUGACGACAAUGCCUUGAAGCAUAUUGUGAUGAACGAUCUUCUGACGCCGCUACAUCAGCCAGAACUUCCUCGCGGGACGGCUGUGCCUCGAAAAUCUGAGAUUGCCAAUUUCCUGUUCCGAGCUCUGCCGCUCUCUCCUAGCUCGGACCUACCUGCGACUGAUGCCGUCCCUAUCAUAGUCGGAGUCGCCUCCGUUUUGAAUACUCUUGGUCUGCCAAGGAAAAAAGCUUUCGUCUUGCGCGAACUUCUCUCGCUGAUGGUACCAAGUCUUGUUCAGGCAAGGAAAAUUGGAGCUGCAGAGGCGGGCAUUCAUCCUGCUGCUGGGUUAGCGUCUCUGAGCGAUACCGCAUUCGAUGUCAAUGCUCUGGAUGUCGGGCCCGGAAACAUGGAGGCAAGCGUGCGCCUUCUCCUUGCCUCGAGUCAAUCCUUCAACACCGACGGAUCAUCUGGUUGUCCGGAAUACGACUCGAUUGAUGCAAUUGCUGAACGAUCAUUUCGGCAUGUCGUGUUGGAUCGAUAUGGCGAUCUGAACUUGAAGAUCGAUGUGCUCAAAGCGUGCAUCAACUGUUGUGAAGCGCUUCCUGACUUCAAUGGUGUUCUUCGUUUCACUGUCGAGCUCCUUCAAACGGUUCGAGGCCAACUUAUGCUUGGUGAAUCUUAUCAAGCACCGCCUUAUCUACCGGUCGACGACCAAAUUCGUCUUUCAAACAACAUCAAGCGCACGGUUGCGGCUGCGAGCAGGCUUGGUGCCUCCGACGUGGUGGCUGAAUACUGGGAUGAUUUCCUUGUUCGCGAUGUCCAAUUAUUGGCUCUUUCGGAUAACAGGCGGCCAGUCAGGCGGUCCAGGACACAAUUGGAUGCGGUCACGACGGACUCCGAAAAGAUCAAGAAAGACCCAUUUUUAUACAACCCGUUUGUGAAGCCCAGCAGCAAAGCGAUCGAGAUGCUUGCUGUGGCGGGUGAACAUGCAUCAUUCCGAGUGACUCUUCAGAACCCCUACGAAUUUGAGGUUGAGAUCGAGCAUAUGCGUCUUGAGAGUGAGGGUGUGUCGUUUGAUGCUGUGGCCGAACAUAUCAUUCUUCCUCCUCUUUCUCUGCAAGAGAUCACUGUCCUUGGUAUCGCGCACGAGAAGGGUGACCUCAACAUCACAGGAUGCACUGUGAAGGUACGGCACUGCCGGGCCAGAAAAUUUCCCAUCUUCAAGACCAUUUGGAAGCCCGAGCCUGAGGUCAAAUUUAAACGCAUCGGCCUGGAAUCGAAAAAACCAUUGACCGAGCGCCCUCUCUCGUGGAGUUCGACGACAUCAAAGGACGGCAAGGUAUCUACCAAGAAGGGUCCCGAAGCGACAACCUGCCAGGUCAAGGUGAUUGGCAAGCAGCCGUCGCUUGUGAUUGAGUCAUUGUCGCUAUCGCAAUCGGCGAUGAUGGUUCUGGAAGGAGAGGUCAGGUCCUUCACCAUCACUUUGCAAAAUACAUCAUCCUGCCCUCUUGACUUCAUCGUGUUUACCUUCCAAGAUUCUACCACACGACAGCUGCAGUCCGCUCUCACCAACAAAGAUCUGUUGCCGGUAGAGAUAUACGAGCUAGAGUUGAAGCUGGCAACCAGGCCAGCCCUGCAGUGGCGCCGUGAGGGUUCAUCGUCCGACGACCACUCCAUUCCUCCAGGCCAACGAGCCACCUUUACGGUUGAUGUCCUUGGGAAACCGGGCCUGCAAGACACGACUGUUCAGAUCGACUAUUCCUGCGUUGGCGCAGGGGAGGGCAACACUCCAGAUGUGUUUUACACGCGGCAGCUAUUCGUUCCACUAACUGUGACCGUGAAUGCGAGUGUGGAAGUAGCACGCUGCGACAUCCUGCCCUUCAGCGGUGAUUUCGCUUGGCGAAACCGUCUUCAUUCCAACCCCGAGUCUGGGCCCGCCUCCCCAUCAUCCAAGACAAUCGCUGCCGUCGAUGAUGACCCAUUCUCGAAAGUGCUUUCGCGCCUCGGUAACGGGCCCUACGGACCAGAUCAUUGCGUUGUACUCCUCGAUCUUCGGAACGCCUGGCCCAACCCCCUGUCCGUCUGGUUGCGAGUCAGCGAGCAGUCGUUCCUCGAUCCUUCGGUUGUGAUAUCCUCCAUGAAGGACUCCGACGGCCAGCAAUCUGUCUACGCAGAUUUCCAGCCAGGUCAAGUGUAUCGCUUCGUCCUCGUCCUGCCUCGCAUUUACUUGGACAACCCGCACGCUGCUAUCCCCGUUGUCAACACCGGCACACGUCGACAGUUCGUGGUCAGCGCUAACAAGCUCUCCUUCGAGGCCGAGGCCGCCUCCCGGGAGGCAUUCUGGUUCCGUGAAGAACUCCUCAAGCGUCUCGUCGGUGGCUGGAAGGAGCCCGCUACCGGCCGCGAAGGCACCAUCGAUCUACGCAACAUCCGAUUGAAUCCUCGCAUGGUCGAAGCUAUGCGCCUCGAGGACGUGGAACUUACUUUUUCUAUUACUGCAUCUGACUCCGACACCUCGAUCACGCAGACCGGCCGCUCCCGCUUCCGCGCGAAGACAGACGACCUGCUGACCCUGAGCGUCACGGUCCGCAACCGCUCGUCUCGCCCCAUCCACCCACUUCUUCGCCUCCAGCCCAGCCUCCGCCACCAACCCAACAACGUCGCCCUAGACCUCACCCGUCGUCUCGUCUGGACGGGUAUGCUGCAGCAGUCUCUACCUGUUGUGCAAAGCGGCGAGUCUACCACAGCCACCUGCUCAGUCGCGGGGGAGUACGAAUUCGGCGCCAGCGUUGAAGAGGCCCGUCUCCUUCGCUCGGCGGAUGAGCAGAACGGGAAAGACAAGGAUCACGCAGAUUAUCACCAUUAUGACGGCGGUGGUAUCAAGGAUACAUUCGGCGCGGACGUUGUCCGGCGCAGACGGAUCUGGCAUGCGAAGGAGGCGUGCGUGAUUCAUGCUUGGGACUAA